AGCAGAAAAGAGUUCCGCGCAUUUCCACCGUCGGAACAUUAACAGUGUGACAUCCAACGGAAGUAAACAACACAAGUUGAGGAGCGUUAACAGCAACCACUUGUUUGAGUUAGCGUGAAGGCACCAUUGUGCUCAUAGCGCAAAUUAAUAUCUUGUUUGUAGUUAAGCAACAAUGUCUUCCGUUGACUCUUUUCGGCAGUUUGUUAACGAGCGACUAACUGCUGCUGCGGAAGAAAUAUUCGGUGUUUUUGAAAAUACUGUCAUCCAGUACCAGGAAGAGAUCGACCGUCAGCGCAGACUGUUGGAUAUCGUUUGGAAACCUGACAUAAAGUUACACCGGAUAGCGCUCCCACAGCAACGUGUCUGUGAGGAGGAGGAGGAGGAAGUUCCUGCUGACCAGCAGCUCUGUAUUCAGGAGGGGAACUCCAGUCUGGACCAAGAGGACCCAGAGCCUCCACAGGUUAAAGAGGACCCAGAGCCUCCACAACUUAAAGAGGACCCAGAGCCUCCACAGGUUAAAGAGGACCCAGAGCCUCCACAACUUAAAGAGGAAUCGGUGGAACUCCGCACCAGUCAGGAGGGAGAGCAGCUUGUAGUGAAGCAGGAGACUCCUACUUAUGAGGAAAGUGACCUCAGUGGAGAUCAGAAUAUUUCCGUGAAACCUGAUGACACUUUAAGUUCAGUGGAGACAGAGUCUGUAUUCACCAUACCAGUUAUAAGCUCUGCGCUACAUGAUGCAACCAGUGAUCACCAGCUCCUCUCUGAUGUUCAAGCAGAGCCAAAACAACAGAACAGACCCCAUGAAACCAGAAUUCAUAUUAACAAUGUAACCAGCCUUUACGUGGACCAAGAGGACCCAGAGCCUCCGCAGAUUAAAGAACAGAAGGAACUCUGCACCAGUCAGCAGGGAGAGCAGCUUGUAGUGAAUCAGGAGACUCCUUCUUAUGAGGAAAAUCACCAGAGUGAAGUUCAGACUAUGAAUUUAAAUCUUGAUGACACUUCAAUUGCAGCAGAGACAAAGUCUGCAGUCAUCAUACCAGUUAUAAACUCUGUGCUAUCUGAUGCAACCAGUGACCACCAGCUCCUCUCUGAUGAUCGCUGCAGGCUUGGAGACUCAGGAUCAACAACAAAGGCAGAGCCAAAACAACACAAUGCAACCAGAAGUCACAUUAACAAUGUAAGCAGUCCUAACCUGUCAGAGGAUAACUGUAAUACUGACAAAGAGAAAAAAUCUUUCAAAUGUGAAACAUGUGGAAAAGAUUUUAUGAACAAGUACCGUUUGCAGAGACACCAGAAAAUCCACACAGGAGGGAAGCAAUAUUCUUGUAAAACUUGUGGAAGAGAUUGCCGCGAUCAUUAUAGAUUGGCGCUCCAUAUGCGAUCCCACAUAGCCAAGGAGCCUUGCGUUUGCAACACUUGCGGCAAAACAUUUGCUAAACGUUCAUUAUGUACAAAGCAUAUGAGAAUCCACACAGGUGAAAAGCCAUUUCCAUGUAAAAUUUGUGGGAUAGCUUUCACACGCAGUAGUAAUUUGACAACCCACAUGCGAACGCACACAGGUGAGAAGCCGUACGUUUGCAAUACUUGCGAGAAAAGAUUUUCUUUCCGUUCAUCAUGGAGUAAACAUAUGAGAAUCCACACAGGUGAAAAGCCAUUUCCAUGUAAAAUUUGUGGGAUACUUUUCAGACGCAAUGGUAAUUUGACAACCCACAUGCGAACCCACACAGGUGAGAAGCCGUACGUUUGCAAUACUUGCGAGAAAAGAUUUUCUCACCGUUCAUCAUGGAGUAAGCAUAUGAGAACCCACACAGGUGAGAAGCCAUAUUCUUGCAAUACUUGCAAGAAAGGAUUUUCUUGCCGUUCAUCAUGGAGUAAGCAUAUGAGAAUCCACACAGGUGAGAAGCCAUAUUCUUGUAAAACUUGUGGAAAAGAUUUCCGGCAUAAUAAUACCUUAGUGAACCACAUGAGAACACACACAGGUGAGAAGCCGUUCGCUUGCAAUACUUGCGGGAAAACAUUUGCCAACAAUUCAUCAUGCAAAAAGCAUAUGAAAUCCCACAUAAGUUAGAAUCCACAUUCUCAUAAAAUAUCAGGAAAAAUAUUUCGAAAUUAGUCGUGACUUGAAAAUCCACAUGAGAAUUCAAAACAGUUGAGAAGCUGUAGACUUGUAAAACGUGGGAGAGCUUUCAGACAGAGUGGUGAUUUGAUCAUCCACAUGACAUCACAUGACAAAAGGCCACACUGGUGAGAAUCUCUUCAAAAGAUAGAAACCACUGAGCUGAUACUCCAGUAGAAAUGUUUUGUCAAACGGAAUGAAAUGCACCUUUGAAGCAGCUUCAUCUCUGUUACUGAAUGUAAAACAUUUUCCACACAGAUGAGAUGUCAACAUCUCAAGGUAGAGUUUCCCUUGAUAUGACUUGAUGAAAAUAAGGAUGUGAUCCUGAUUGUUGUUGAUUUUGCCAAAUGUUCAUUUACCAAAUAUGUCUUAAUCACUUUACAGUUUAUAAUCUAGUCUGUGAUAGUUCUAUAUGAAGCUUCCUAAGCAUUUUUACAAAAAUUCAGAUUUUACAUUUGAGAUUGGCUGGCAUCUGUUUUAUACUACCAAGAAAGACUUCAUAUUAAAUGUGGCUUCUUGGUUGUUUUUUUUUUAUUUCAUUUUUUAACAAACCACCUCAUUCAUAUGCCUGGCCACAUUUUUGGAAUUUCCCUUUAAUGACGUGCUGUAUUUUGCUGUCAAUGAUGUUACAGUCCGACUCUGCAACCAACUAAAAUGGGACACCAGUAAAGUGAAGUAAAAAUAAAUGAGCAUUUAA